CCCCUUUGCGCUCGCGCCGCUCUCGCGCUCGCGCCCCUCCCCCCCGCCCGCUGCUGUCAGUGCGGUGGCUGCGCCGGGCAACAUGGCGUCGGAGGGGAUGAUUCUAACGAACCACGAUCACCAGAUCCGCGUCGGGGUGCUCACAGUGAGUGACAGUUGCUUCAGGAACCUUGCCGAGGAUCGUAGUGGGAUAAACCUUAAAGAUCUGGUCCAAGACCCUUCUUUGUUGGGUGGGACUAUAUCUGCAUACAAGAUAGUGCCAGAUGAAAUAGAAGAAAUCAAGGAGACGCUGAUAGAUUGGUGUGAUGAAAAGGAACUUAAUUUGAUUUUAACAACUGGAGGAACAGGGUUUGCACCACGAGAUGUCACCCCAGAGAAAUUCCCAACAUUCCCAUUAUGUGGGCUCCAGAGAGGGGCCACUAAAGAAGUAAUAGAGCGGGAAGCCCCAGGGAUGGCCCUGGCAAUGCUGAUGGGAUCACUUAAUGUAACUCCUCUGGGCAUGCUCUCUAGACCUGUAUGUGGAAUCAGAGGGAAAACUCUCAUAAUUAAUCUGCCAGGUAGCAAGAAAGGAUCACAGGAAUGCUUUCAAUUUAUACUGCCAGCCCUACCUCAUGCCAUUGAUCUUUUGCGGGAUGCUAUUGUAAAAGUAAAGGAGGUACACGAUGAGCUAGAAGAUCUACCUUCACCACCACCUCCUCUUUCUCCUCCUCCAACCACCAGCCCUCACAAGCAGACAGAGGACAAAGGAGUACAGUGUGAGGAAGAGGAGGAAGAGAAGAAGGAUAGUGGAGUUGCAUCAACAGAGGACAGUUCCUCUUCACAUAUAACUGCAGCAGCCAUUGCAGCUAAGAAACAUCCAUCCUACACCAGUUCAGCAGUUAUUAUGGCAAAAGGUGAACAGCCCAUUCCUGGUCUCAUCAGUUAUUGCCAUCAUGCAGCAGGCAGUGCAGAAGAACCGAUUCCAGAUUCCAUCAUUUCUCGUGGUGUUCAGGUGCUCCCACGUGAUACAGCCUCCCUCAGCACUACCCCUUCAGAAUCUCCUCGUGCGCAGGCCACCUCUCGUCUCUCCACUGCAUCCUGCCCAACACCAAAACAAAUUAGACGGCCGGAUGAAAGCAAAGGAGUUGCUAGUAGAGUUGGAUCCCUCAAAGUCCAGUCUAGGUGCAGCAGCAAGGAGAACAUCCUCCGAGCAAGUCACAGUGCUGUUGACAUUACCAAGGUAGCAAGAAGACACCGCAUGUCUCCAUUCCCAUUAACAUCUAUGGACAAGGCCUUCAUCACAGUUCUGGAGAUGACCCCAGUGCUUGGAACAGAAAUCAUUAAUUACAGAGAUGGAAUGGGCCGAGUCCUUGCUCAAGAUGUAUAUGCAAAAGAUAAUCUACCACCAUUUCCAGCAUCUGUAAAAGAUGGCUAUGCUGUCAGAGCUGCUGAUGGCCCAGGGGAUCGAUUCAUCAUAGGGGAAUCCCAGGCUGGAGAGCAGCCAACUCAAACUGUGAUGCCAGGUCAGGUAAUGCGAGUUACAACCGGUGCUCCAAUCCCUUGUGGUGCUGAUGCAGUGGUGCAAGUGGAAGAUACAGAACUCAUCAGGGAAUCAGAUGAUGGCACUGAAGAGUUAGAAGUUCGAAUCUUGGUGCAAGCUCGACCAGGCCAAGACAUCAGACCUAUAGGACAUGACAUUAAAAGAGGUGAAUGUGUUCUGGCUAAAGGAACUCACAUGGGUCCAUCUGAGAUUGGUCUCUUAGCCACUGUUGGAGUAACCGAAGUAGAAGUAAACAAGUUUCCAGUGGUUGCAGUUAUGUCAACAGGGAAUGAGCUACUGAAUCCCGAAGAUGAUCUCUUGCCAGGAAAGAUUCGAGACAGUAACCGCUCAACUCUCCUAGCUACAAUCCAAGAACAUGGCUAUCCAACAAUCAACUUGGGAAUUGUGGGAGAUAACCCAGAUGAUUUACUGAAUGCACUGAAUGAGGGUAUCAGCCGUGCUGAUGUGAUCAUUACGUCAGGAGGCGUGUCUAUGGGAGAAAAGGACUAUCUUAAGCAGGUGCUGGAUAUUGAUCUUCAUGCACAGAUUCACUUUGGCAGAGUUUUUAUGAAACCAGGCCUGCCAACAACUUUUGCAACUCUGGAUAUUGAUGGCGUAAGAAAAAUAAUCUUUGCGCUCCCAGGCAAUCCUGUGUCAGCUGUUGUCACCUGCAAUCUCUUUGUUGUUCCCGCACUGAGGAAAAUGCAGGGUAUCCUGGAUCCUCGGCCCACCAUUAUCAAAGCCAGGUUAUCAUGUGAUGUAAAAUUGGACCCCCGCCCAGAAUAUCAUCGGUGCAUACUGACUUGGCAUCACCAAGAACCACUACCUUGGGCACAGAGUACAGGGAAUCAGAUGAGCAGUCGUCUGAUGAGUAUGCGCAGUGCCAAUGGACUGUUGAUGCUACCUCCAAAGACAGAGCAGUAUGUGGAGCUUCACAAGGGGGAGGUGGUGGACGUCAUGGUCAUUGGAAGGCUAUGAUGUCACCAGCAAGAGCGAAGCUUUGAUGCAUGUCCACAUAUCAUUGACUGUAUCCUGUAAUAUGCAACGGCACAGCUAGUUUUUCUGAUUUGGAUAAAAGUUGAUCAAUAUAGUCAACAUCUUGAAUUAUAUUUCAAAUGGAAUUUAAAUAAAUACCUUUUAAAAAAAUCUUUAAAAAGAAAUCUUAACAAAGAAAUUUAUUCUGAUUAUAUCAAAGCAACUUUUUCCUUUCCUUGCAAUUGCUUUGUGUGUUCAAUGCUAGUUCUAAUAGCGGUAGCUUUUAGUAGACAGCAGUAGGUGCCUGCAGAACUUGUGUUUUUUCUCAUCUUUAAGAUACAACUACUUAUGCUCUUAAAACAAGGCUGUCUGCUUAUUUAUACUAGCGUAGACAACACUUGGAUUUCCCUUAUCAGUAUGCUUCAUAACCGCUUCACAGAGAGCUUCUGCUUGUUCUUUAUCUUGUAUCUCGUGUUGAUGUGCACAGUGCCAAAAGCAGAGUGGCUGCACUGGGAACCCAAUGAAGCCCCGAGGUUUCCUCACCUCGCUGUGCGUUCAGGGAUCUCUCUUGUCCCAGCAGCCACCCAGCUCAGUACUCUUGGGCAGUAACUGGAUACCUUUUAUUUCAGCAAUCAAAAAAUUGCUUCCUUAAGUGCUGACAGCCUUUUUAACCAAUACAUUUAAAAAUGUACAGAACUAAAAAAAAAAAAAAAAAAAUCAAAGACUGAUCUUGUACAGAUAUUAGUGUUACCAGCAUUCGUGUGGAAAUUAAAUGAGCAAAGAAAUAAAACUAAUGUUAAACAACUCUGUACCAUAACAUUUUCUGUAAUGAUACUGAAACUUAAAUGAAUAAAAAAAA